CUUAGCAAUGGAGGCCAACAGCGCUGACCAGCCAUCACUUAUCUCCUCCACAAGCGAAGAUAAUAAAGUCCGCCAUGACCAACUUGAGCCACUUCUCGGCCCUAAAAAUCCAUCUUCCUCCUCCUCCUUCACCCCCAGCGACCACGACAUACCGCCAAUCGACGGCGUCCGUGACUUCUUCAGAGAAUUCCGCAGUGAAUCAAAGAAACUCUGGUACUUAGCCGGCCCCGCCAUCUUCACCUCCAUAUGCCGUUACUCUCUCGGCGCCAUCACUCAAGUCUUCGCCGGCCACAUCGACACUCUCGCCCUCGCCGCCGUCUCCGUCGAGAACUCCGUCAUCGCCGGCUUCUCCUUCGGCGUCAUGCUUGGAAUGGGAAGCGCACUGGAAACUCUAUGCGGUCAAGCUUACGGAGCGGGUCAGAUCGACAUGCUCGGAGUGUAUUUACAAAGGUCGUGGGUUAUACUUUUGACGACGGGAGUGAUUUUGAGCCCAAUCUACAUAUUCGCGGAGCCGCUGCUGAAGCUGAUCGGCCAGACGCCGGAGAUAUCGGAGGCGGCGGGGACGUUCGCCAUCUGGAUGAUCCCUCAGCUGUUCGCCUACUCCAUGAACUUUCCGAUCGCCAAGUUCUUGCAGGCGCAGAGCAAGAUCAUGGUUAUGGCGGCGAUCGCGGCGGCGGCUCUGGUGCUUCACACCUUCUUCAGUUGGCUGCUGAUACUGAAGCUGGGGUGGGGCCUCGUCGGCGCCGCCGUGGUGCUGAAUGCGUCGUGGUGGUUCAUAAUAGUGGCUCUGCUGGUUUAUAUCUUUAGUGGGAGCUGUGGGAGAGCUUGGUCUGGGUUUUCAUGGAAGGCGUUUCAUAAUCUGUGGGGAUUUGUCAAGUUGUCUUUUGCCUCGGCCGUCAUGCUCUGCUUGGAAACGUGGUACUUCAUGGCACUUAUUUUAUUUGCUGGUUAUUUAAAGAAUGCACAAGUUUCUGUCGAUGCGCUGUCCAUAUGCAUGAACAUAUUGGGAUGGACUAUUAUGGUGUCGUUUGGCAUUAAUGCAGCGAUAAGUGUGAGAGUAUCAAAUGAGUUAGGAGCAGCUCACCCGAGAACAGCUAAAUUCUCAUUAGUGGUGGCAGUGAUAACUUCAUUUCUAAUUGCUGUCGUCUUAUCACUUAUUCUGAUUAUCACACGUGAUGAAUACCCAUCCUUAUUUUCUAAAGACACGGACGUCAAAAUUCUUGUUAAGCAGCUCACCCCAGUGCUGGCAACUUGCAUUAUCAUUAACGAUGUUCAACCCGUUUUAUCCGGUGUUGCCGUUGGAGCGGGAUGGCAAUCUUUCGUAGCAUACGUGAACGUUGCAUGCUAUUAUCUAUUUGGAAUCCCGUUAGGCCUUUUACUGGGAUACACGCUCGACAUGGGUGUUAAAGGAAUUUGGUAUGGAAUGCUGUCGGGGACAGUGCUACAAACUUGCGUUCUCUUCUGGAUGGUUUACAGAACCAAUUGGAACAGAGAGGCCUCUAAAGCGGGAGAGAGGAUAAAGAAAUGGGGAGGGCAUUCAGAUUCCAAAGGGAACGAUGUGGAAAAAUGAAGAGCGACGUCAAAUGUACAAGGACAAAACAUGACGAUUAGAUAUUUGACCGGAGAUUAGUUCUGCUUUUGCAAGCAAAAUGAAAAAUAUAUAUAUAUAUAUAUAUAUGAAUUAUGCUGUGUUAUAUUAUCAUUGGUACUAUUGUGUAACGGGAAAACUCAUUUUCUUGCAACUUUUGAGAAAUAACCAUGUUGGCCUCAUGAUGAUUAGAUGA